AUGAACGGUGAGAGGAGCGUCGACGCGGUUACCGCUGCUGCUGCUGCCGCCGCGACCGGCGCUGUCAGCGGCAACCGUGGCAACGGCGGCGGGGCGAGAAGGGGAGAGGGUGCCGGUUCUCGCGUCGGUGGUGGUGGUGGUGGUAAGAACAAUAAUAACACUGAUAUCAUUGGUAACGGCGUUGCGGCCGUUGUUACCGGCGGCGUCGUCGGUGGCGCCGCGGACGGCCCCCGCGGCGUGACGUUGCCCGACGCCCGCGACACGACGCCAGUGAAUUUCUGUCGCGAGACAACAGUACCGCGCACCUGCGGCGGCGGCGGCUGUCGUUGCUGUAUCUCCGCCGCCGACGCGUUAUCGUUCCCGGUGACAGGCGCGCCGACGCGCGCGCCCAACGGCGCCAGCGACGUCGCCGCGACGACGACCGACUACCGCGAGUUGACGCCGAGCAGCGCCGGGACGACGCCGUUGCUGCUGGACGCCGGUAGCAUCGACGCGCGGACGGUCGGUAGGAGCAGACGCGGCAACGAUAGCAACAGCAACAGUAAUUUCACCAACGCCACUACCGUCGUCAUUGUUGACGUCGCGUCGUCGUUCCGCGGCGACGACGCCGACGACGACGACGACGACGACGAAGACAUCGUCGUCGACGACGACGACGACGACUCGGGCUCGGACUCGGACUACCACAAUCGCGGCAACAUGGUCGCGGCGAUGAACGAGCAUCUGUCCAACGCAACAACGACUACGUCGUCGUCGUCGCCGCCGGCGGUGGCGAACGCAAUUCGCGCCGGCAGCAACACCGUCGCGAUGUCGUCGUCGUCGUCGUCGUCCUCGUCGUCGUCGUCGUCGUCCUCAUCGUCGUCGCUGUCGUCCGCGGCUAUAAUGACGAGCGGCACGAACGCCGGCGGUAACGGCAAUCCCUCCGGCAAUCCGAUGACGACGAUGGGCAACGCCGUGAGCGGUGCCAACGGCAGCGGCGUCUGCAGCAGCGCGCGCAAUCAAGAGUUCCGCGAGGUGGACGGCGACGGCAAGGGCGCCGCGACCACGACAACCACCACCGCCGCCACCACCGGUAUCCUCACUUUUCCAUGUGACUUCGAUCAUAUGUACGCCAGCAUGACCGACGGCGCCGCGCCGGCCGCCGCUCUCGGCGUUAGUCCGCUGCGCGGCAACGACUCCCGUCACAAUGAUCUCACCGAGGUCAAGCACCUGAAGGAGCUGCUGCUGCUCCACCUCGACCUUAUCCAGCAGCAGUUCGAGCAGAUCGUCACCAAGGACAAGCUACUCACGGCGCUGCGCCAGGAAAACGAGACGCUGAAACUGCGUCUGGAGCGUAUGGAAAGGCGCGUGAGCCUUCAGAAGCUGAGGUCCGAAUGUAGCGAGAAUUCCACCGGCUCGGAGCACCUGGGCGCCUGCUCGCCCACCAGUGUCAAUUCGGUCAACGUACCUUCGACCAGCGAGCAGCUGCACCAGAGAACUGUCCAGUGCGAGGCCGGCAAUACCCUGCACGAGAGCUUCAAGAUACGUCUCAACACCAGCGGCGGCAUCACCACUGUCAAACAGGAGCCGCACGAUAAUCAAAUUAAGCUGGAGGUCAAGCAGGAGCCCAAUAACGAAGCGAGGUUCGAAUGGGAAGACAAGAAGAAGAGACGAUCGGAUCCGACUCCCCUGUCCACCGGCAGCAAGAAGAAGAGAGGGCUCUCCUGCUCGUCCGCCAUCGGUAACUCGGAUGGAAUGCAAGAAAAGAUACUGGCCCAGACCUUGCACGAGACUAGCAGAAAGAGCGACAAGAAGGCAAAGUCUGUCGUGAAGAAGGAGUCCUUUCUCACCACCGAGGAACACUAUUAUACAGCCGUAGGAGACUCAACUUACGCGUUAAACAUGCAACAGUCUAGCCCAAAAGAAGCCAAGAAUACGUUAGAGGUGCCGCACUGGAGGGUCAAGAUGUACACGAGUUGCUACACGAUGGAGGGAACUGAGAAUUUGGACGACGAAAUUUUUAACAAGAGACACUUGAAGUUGGAGAACGACGAGAGGAGGAGAAAGCGAUGGGAUGUACAAAGGAUAAGGGAACAAAGGCAUAUAGAGAAGUUAAAACAACGUCAGGAACGUCAAAAUCAUCAAGCUACGUGCUACAAUACCAAUCACACCGGUCCUUGUCCCUCGUCCAUGGAGGAGGAAACCGUAACGUCCUUGUGGCCUGAUAUAGAACAAAUUCAAAGUCUCCAAGUAGAUGCUCGUUUGCCAGUAACUGCAUUUGGCGCUCCUAUUCCUAGUUUCACUUCAAGCGAAUUCUCUUUACCCUGGUCGAAUAUAACGCGAAUUAAGUGUCGACGUCCUAAACGUUCAACAGGUAGAAGAAAAUCUACAGGUAGAAGAAAAGUUUAGAAGAUAGAAAUUUUUAUAAAAGUGGACAGAACUGAUUUCAUCGGUGCCGUUAAUUUUUAAUUCCUCAAACUACUAUCGCUCCCUCACGCCAUAAUUGAAACAGCGUUUUUCGUUUGCGAGACAGGGGCACCAAAGAUAUUUUUAUUGACUUUUUAAAUAUAUGCAAUAUAGUAUAGUUUAUCUAUUUUUUCUACAUUUUUAUUUAAGUAAAUUCAUCGUCAAUACUUGUUUGAUACUUGAUCUACUCUACAUUUUGUACUCGGUGUUGGUCAUUUUAUUUACAUAACCAUGAGUAUCGCAACGUACCGAAAUAUCAAUUCGGCAUAAUCAACAUUUUUUCAACUCCAGACCAGAUUUCCGCUCCAUUUUCAGUGAGUUGACAAUAUCGAUAUUUGCAAAGCUUUUUACCGCUUCAAUUAUACAGAAUACUCUUUAUAUUAUUUUAUAAUUAAAUACAUCCUUUGCUAACAAUUAUUUAAAAAAAUGGUUAACGAAAUCCUGUACAUUGAUAAUAUUCACUUGGUAAGAGUAUGUUAUAAAACAAUGUUACAUAAUGGAAGAAUAUAAUGAAUUUUUUAAUCUUGUGUAGCCUUUCUUGGUACUUAAUAAAUUCUGCGUUUCGUCAUAAUUUCACGUCUAAGGGGCGAUAGGUAUUUUUGGAAAAAUUAACCGUUGUUGCAAACGUGCGAUUGGUUAACUUAAAAAUUUACAGUACAAAUGUAUUGUAUAGAGAGUGUUUCAGAAAACGCGCGCUUCCUCUCACCAACAGAUUCCUCGAUGAAAUUAACAUUUCCUUGGCGAAAAUUUGAUGGCCUAACGGAAUAACUUGAACUUUUCACUAAGGAAACAUAUUCGCGUCAAGAAAAUCUGUAAACGAAACUGGAUCGCUUUUUGAUACCAUCUAUGUUAUAAUCUUAUUGGAUUACAAAUAAGAUUGUAUAAGCGACCUCGGUAUAGCAUCUCUUGCCCCCACGCAUGCUGAAUGUCAAAAUCCGAAGCAGGCGGAGAAGAACUUUGGACAAUUGUUAAGUCAUUAAUAUCGCGAUCCAAGGUACGAGUUUCUUCUAAGUAAAACAUUUUCUAUGCACAAUCAGUUCAAUUAAAUUUCAAGUUAACUAUACUGACUUGGUGGCGUAUUAUAUAUUUGGUAAAUACAAUUAUACGAAUGUUAAUUUUUCACCAAUUUCUCAUCCACGGUGUCCCCAAAUAUUGGUGUAUCGAAUUCUGACAUCCUAUCCGAGAGGAUUUGUGAUAAUUCCGACUUUAUUUGCGUUGUUAUGAAACUAUAGUUUCACCGUAUAAAAAAAUCGACGCAGAUGAUACAUUAUUUUCGCAUAUUUCGAUCUGCUGAUUAAUUUAUCUCGGAUGAGUAAAAAUGAAAAUUGUAUAUAUUUUUCUUUAGAGAUAGAAUUUUUUACGUUCUACUUUUUAAGCUACAUACAUAUUCUGUAAGAUAAUAUAUUAACCGUCCAUGAAAAUUAGUAAAAUUUCAUGAACAAAACAGCAUUCGAUGCUACGAUACUACGAAAUGUAAUUAUCAAUAUCUUGUAAAUGACAGACUUUUCUAGCUGUGGAAUUACCGAUUGAGAGUUCUUAGUACAUACAAAUAUAUGCGACACAACGCUCUAUGAGAAAGAACAUGUAAAUUAUUAUUUUCUAAUGUAUAUGCGUCAACAGAGAGAAUUUUGUUAUGUCGGCAGAUGUACUGUGUGUCAAAAGUUGUAUGAAAGUGUCUAAGAGGGACGUAGGGAGAACUAGGCUCUCCGAUGUCACAUCCGCCUUAAACGUCCUACUGUGUAAUAUAACAUCGAGUACAUUUUAGAAAUAAAAAAAAAAGACAUUGAA